CCGUUGCUUGCACGGAAUAAUUGAUGCUGCUAACAGUGUGUGAGUAGCCUAGUGUUCAUGUCUACGGUAAACUAGACAAAAUACGUUUAAUACAACAUAGACAAAUGAUACGAAGCGGAAUCAAUGGCUUCGCCAAGCAAGCAAGAAGUCGGGUGGAGCUGCAUGUGCAUUUGGAUGGAGCUGUCAGGCCUUCAACAAUCUGGGAACUAGCACACACCAAAGGUAUUACAUUGCCUGGCGCUAAUUUCGAGGAGUUUAAGCAGAAGAUCAAUGCUCGUGGAUCUGGGAGUUUAACCAAGUUUCUAGAUGCAUUUAACAUUUUCAUGCCAGUAAUACUAGGUGACUUACAGGCUAUCUACAGAGUUGCGUACGAAUUCUGCGAGGACUCGGCUAACCAGGGAAUAGCUUAUGUGGAGGCACGAUACUCUCCCCAUCUCCUGGCAACCACAGUACCGGACAGUCCAUGGAAAGUGAUGGGAGAUGUGACCCCAAAAAUGGUAGUAGAGACUGUGUCUAAGGGGCUAUCACAAGGUGAAAAAGAUUUCAAUAUCAAAGUGCGUCAGAUUCUGUGUUGCAUCCGGCCAUUUCCAGAUUGGUCGAGUGAAGUUGUGUAUUUGUGCCAGGAAUUUCGAAGCAAAGGAGUUGUUGGUAUAGAUUUAGCAGGAGAUGAGAGCCAACCAACCCAUCCUGAUCAUAAAAAGGCUUUCCAGGAGGCAGCCAGACUAGGGAUCAGCAGGACAGUUCAUGCUGCAGAGGCAGGUCCUGCGUCUAAUGCAAAAGCGGCUGUAUAUGAGUUACUUGCCCAGCGAAUAGGCCACGGAUAUCAUACAGUGGAGGAUGAAGCAAUAUAUCAGGAUUUGCGAGCCAGGGAUAUUCACUUUGAAGUCUGCUUGCUCUCAAGUCAGGCCACAGGAGCAGUUACUUUGGACUGGUCCAAGCACCCUGCAAUCAGGUUUGCAAAUGAUGAUUUGAACUUCUCCCUAAAUACGGAUGACCCGACAGUGAUUCAGAACACACUUGGAGAUGAGUACGAUGUAGGAUUCAACAAGCUGCACUUCAGUGAAAGAGUUCUGGCACGUACUAACUUCAACGCUGCAAGGUCGUGUUUUUUGCCACGCGACGAAAAAGACGAGCUGCUGAACCAUUUGAAGGAACAAUAUGGACUGCAGGAAUGCUGCACAAGGCUGUAAUGCAAACUUCCUCCAUCUGACUACUAUGCAUAUAGAUGAUAUGACACUAUAUGAUGGAUGCCCGUGCUUACCAGCCGCCUGUAAAAGUUGCUGUUCUGUAAGUCUGCUCGUUGGUUGCUGGUCUCUAUCAAAUCUAGAUUUUAAAAUGAUCGAGUUACAAGUUGAUCAAAGUAAUUUCAAAUUCCGUUCCAGUGCCAUCUAGCUUUAAGAUUUCCUAGCUAACUUUUUAGGUUUCUAACAGAGCGAGCCUUUUGAAGUGAUAGCAGGCAUAAGCUAUAAAAAUAAUUUGAAUGGUUUCAAAGUAAAUUUGCUGAUGAAAUUAAGUACUGAAAUUCGACAUCAAGCAGUAAAGCAUUUAGUAGGGAUAUUUACAAAAUGCUCUUCCAGUAAGGGAAUUAUUUCAUGAUGUUUUUUAUAAGCAUGUGAACGAGAAUGCAUCUAACUUUGCAUAUUACUGUCUUAUGCACAACUCCCCUAUAACCGUUUUUACACUACAGAACAGUGUCACUAUUAUGCACGCAAAAAUUCUGUAUUACAGGAUCUACAGUCGAGCGCAACAGUGAAAGUAAUGUACGUAAUUUGGGUUUUCCCUAAGUAUUGUCCAUUAUCAUCUUCGUCCCCAAUAAUAAGGUGCAUCACAACACUGGUAAAGUUAUAUCCAUCAAAGGUCAUGUUCAUAGCAUUGUAUGUCUUGUAACUAAUUAGAGUUCAGAAUGUAAAUUUUUUGCCAAAUUUGUCCAAAUCUUGUUAAUCAAGCUCCAAAAUUUGCUAAAAUAUUAAUCUGUGACUCUAUUUAAAAUCUCUACCUCAGAAAAAUCCAUUAAUGCUCUUACUUUUAAAUUAAGCUAAUUCUAGCUAGUGUAUCGAUGAAAUACCAUUGUUGAUGGCAUAUACUGCCAUCUUGCCAUGCUGCCAAGUUUUUAAUUUUGUCAUAAUAUUAUAACAUAUAUAAAUUUCUCGUGAAAUAGACAUUUUUAAUAAAGGGUAUCGAUUCCCACUUUUUGAUAAGACCUUUGGUGGCAAUGAAACAUCAGGUAGCCAUAUGAUUGGCUAUAUCAUGUCUUCAGCAUGUCUUAUAAUUAGCUGUAUGCUUUCUAAUAUUAAAUGACAUUCCAGGUCAGGACUUGCUGGCCCUCCAUGUCCUCGCUAUGUGUCGCGUCUUGAUAAACCUCGUGAAUUUCAGUCUCGUUUCUUUUAUGCUCUCAUGGCUGGGAUGUUAAUAGAUCUUCUCCUUUAAAUGUAAUUGAUGCUUCCCUGUACAUUGAACUCGUCUAUGCAUUUGAAAUAGGGAGUAAGAAUACUGGGUGGCUGUGAUUUUAUUUCUCUUUAGGCCAAAUGCACAUAGUAAACUCCAUUGUACCAGGAGUAGAUAAUAGGGAAGGAGUGUGACUUCAAUAAACAAGGGAAAUUUGUCAUUUACUAGCCUUAGAAU